AUGCAGUGCCCUUUGCAGCCCUGGCAUGGCCUGGCUGCCCACAGCCUCUGCAGGGCUGUAGGAACAUCCUCCCAACCCCCAAAAUUGUUUUCCCAUUGUGCUUGUGGGCCGGCUCUGCUGGGACCCCCCUCCAGCCUGGCUCAUGUCCUCUCUGUUCCCUUUCCCCCUCCAGUGGACCAGAGCAUGUUUGAGAACGCCAGCGUCAGCACAGUGCCCAUGCCACAGGCACAGCACGUCCCUGCCACAGCAGGCACCGUGCCCCAGCCCUGGUGGCCUGCUGGCAGCCAGCACCUCCGCAACCUGGGCAAGGCCAUGGGUGCCAAGGUGAACGACCUGCUGCGCCGCAAGGAGCCGGCCAGCCUGCCUAGCAUGGGAGCCAUGGAAGUGAAUGCCAACGUGGGCGCCGUGCUGGCCGCGGGACAGCCAGCCGCUGAGGACGGGGCUGUGGAAUUGGAUGCCUUUCCCCGACUGGAACCCCCACCCCCCAUCACCAAGAAGCGGAUGCUGCGCACCCUGAAGACCCCCCAGGACAUGCUCAUCGCUCCACAGCCAGAGGGGACCAGCACGAGGAGUGGCACCGAUGAGCCUCUUGAACCACCCACAGCCUACGCUGACCCCACAGAGGAGCAGCUGGGGAUGGGGGAUCCAUCUCCUCCAGAAUGCCCUGGGGUCCCCAGUGUGACAGGCGCUCUAGAGCCCAGUGGGGACCAGCCUACCAGUGCCUUACCUGUGCCCGACCUCAUCCAUAAGGGCAGCCAGGAGAGCCAGUGGCAAGUGGCUGAGAGGGCCACUGAGAUGUCAGCCAGCACAGAGAAGCCCUCAUGGAGACCGGGGCUGGAGCAUGAGCCACCAGGGAGCACAGGGUGGCCAGAGCCACGUAGCCCUGGCUGGGAGGUGGAGGGGGCCCAUCCUGACCUACUGUCCUUUGAGUAG